ACAGUGGAUAACUCUCUUAGUACGGAACUGGACAAGCUGGAAUGUCACUUUACUUGGGAUAUGAAUAAAAGAGACACAAACCUCACAGAUCUUUUAACAAGACUGGAGCAGCAUCGUGACUUAAAUCUGGGUGAUAAGGCAGGGACCGCACACACACACAACUCUUUGGCACACAUUAAGUAUCUGUUUGGAUAUUAUGAAGAAGCCCUAACAAACUUGAAGAAAUCUGUGGAGCUCACUAAAGAUUUUUAUGGGGACAACUGUGAUGAGAAGCUCAUUGUUACUUAUGGUAAUUUUGCCUGGUUACACUUUCACAUGAAACAGUAUGCUGAAUGCCAAAGUUACCUGGAAAAACUGAAGGAGAUCGAAGAAAAAAACCCACGCGUCUCUACUUCUGCUCUUCAUCCUGAAGUACUUGGUGAGAAGGCCUGGGCCUUGUUUAAAUUUUCACGCAAAUACUACAGCAGAGCUCAGGAUUGUUUUAAAAAGGCAUUGGAGUUGGAGCCAGAAGAUGGUGAGUGUAACGCUGGUUAUGCUAUUGUCCUAUACAGGACAGAAACUAAAUGUGUGAGUCCGGAGGAUUCAUCUGCCUUAAAACAACUGAGACGGGCGAUAGAAACAAACCCUGAUAAUGAUGAACUGAAGCUUCUUUUAGCUCUGAAACUCGCUGAAUUUAAGCUGUUUGAUGAGGCUGAGGAUCUGGUGGAAAGGGCUCUUGAGAUGUCUCCAGAUAGUCCGCAUGUGAUUCGAUAUGUGGGAAAAUACAUGAGAAACUAUGGGUCUUUAGACCGGUCCAUUAGCCUGUUAAAAAGAGCAUUGGAUGUUUCUCCAAAUUCAGCAUUCAUACACCAUCAGUUGGCUCUUUGCUAUAAACAGAUAAAAGAAAAAUUCAGGGAGCAUCCUAAAAGUCAGACAUUUCGUAAUUUAAGCAUCUCACAUUUUGAAAAGGCUAUCACUCUAAAGAGUGACUUUAUUCUUGCAAUGGCACAACUGGCAAUUCUCUACGGUGAGGACGGACAAAUCCAUCGGGCUGAAGUAGUGUUUGAAACAGCCUUGGAUAAAACAGCUCAGCAGAAAAAUGAGGGAGUUCAAGCACUUUACUUGUAUUAUGGGGAGUUCCUGCAGUACAGAAAAAGAGAUAAACAUCAGGCCAUCAAAUACUAUAAAGAUUGCUUGAAAAUGAAUCCAGGUACUCUAGAUGGGAAGAAAAGUGCUAAGAAUCUGAGGAAGAUUGCUAACAAGCGUUUAUCUUAUAACAUAAAUGACACAAUGGCUUUAGGGAUACUUGAAUUUAUUGAGCAGGUAACAGGUGAGAAACAAUUCACUGCUUGUGAGCAUCCUCUGGAAUCUACAAGCAAACAUGAGUAGUACACAAUCUAUAAUGUAUCAGGAGGCAUACUUAACAAAUUAAUAUUAGUUGCUAUUUACAGCUCAUUACAAUAACAAUCAUCAAAAGUCAGCUUAGUUUUUCUCUAUAAAUCAGUACUGCCUAAACUUUCAAAGCAGCUUUACAGUAAAUCAUGUUUGUCUUUAACUAUGAAUUAAAGGUGCAUUGUGUAACUUUUUUAGAUCUCUUGACAGAAAUGCAAUGUUAUAUAUGUAACUGUAUUAUCAGUGCUGUAUAAAGACCUUACAUAAUGAACUGUAUUGUUUUAUUACCUCAGAAUGAGCCGUUUUUAUUUACAUACACCGCGGAUCUCCUAACAUGGAAGUCAUCGGCAUGUUUGUACAGUAGCCCUAAACGGACAAACUGGUCUACAGAGUACAUUGUCUAAUGCCUUGUUUAUACUUGACGCAUCUCCAUGAGGACGUUGGUGUGCGGCAAAAAUUAUGUAAACAUGGAGUAGGCGACAUAUUUAAGAGAUUGUUGUUUUAUUUUUGUUCUCAUAUUUAUAUAUCAAGCUCUGAUGUACCAGGGUUGACUUCUGUUCUUUACUUUUUGUUGGUUUUGGACUCGAUUGCCCAAGCUGGCCCCUGUCUUUUCCAAAGAAUUUGGAAGUAUAUAAACAAAGCUUAAGAUGCCAUGUUUGUCCUGUGGCGGCUACACAUGUGUUUUGAAAUUGAGGGGUGAACUGUUGUUUGCAAUUCGCAAUCUCAUCACUAGAUGCCGCUAAAAUGUAUAGACACCACCUUUAAAUUAUACAUUAAAUUAUACACUCAUUAAAAUCACUCCCAAUUUGAAGUGAGCCAGGGUCCUUACCAGUGCCCGAAACUGUACACGAUACUGAUUCACUACCUCCAGAACUAUAGGGAGCUGAUUGAGAUGUUAUGUCUGAAGGAAACCAGGCAUUGUUCAUCACAUGCACAAUUUCACCCCAACAGCAAAGCAUUUUGAUGUUGGGGUGUUUUUCAGCAGCAGGAACUAGUAAGAAACUUUUUUGUUAUUGCAUGGCACAACAGUAUUGUGGUAAAUGACUGCCUGGCACCUGUUGUCUCACUAGUAACAAAAUAACAUUAGGCUACAAAAUAAUCCAGAACUUUGUUUUUGUCAUUUAUAAAUCAAGCAAACAAAAACACCUCUAAAC